GCCUGCUCGGCCUGUUUGGCUCCAUCAUCUCGAGCUUGUCGAACUCUUCACUUCCCCUCUCCGCUGAAUCCUUCAGGUCUAGAUAUGGCUGUGGACUAUCUCGAUAUCGCUCGAUGUGCCAGUUCGUCUUGAAGCUGCUUGUCUCGACUCGACAUGCUCGGUUCUGCCAGAUCGUUCUCGAGGUACGGCUUUGUCUGGAUUUGUUAUCUUGGACUCCUCAUCAAUAAAAGAUUCUCAAGCUCGGAAAAGCUUUGAGAGACAAGGAAUCCUAGGCCCUAACCGUCUGGGCAGUUCUGUCCAACCUUGCGUACACUCCAAUCAGAUGUCAAAGAGGUGUCAGAGCUAAACUCAAGCCAUCAGCUUUCUGGUUGAGAAUAUUCUCGUGUUGACAAUUCGUAUCCUUUAUGGGGUCCGGCUUCAGCCUCACCAAUCAUUGCAUGAAAAAGCUCAUCCCAAUGCAGCCACCGUGGACCCCACGAAUCAAAGCAGGCGUCCAGCCCUAAUAUGCCAGUCUUGGACAGCCUCACAGCCGAAAGCUUGCUGCUGUCGCUCGUGUUCAAGACGUUGUUUUGCACGAAUGCCGACGUUCGACAAGGGUGGUCACCUCGUGUUCAAGACGUGUCUCGAAGGAAAUGGCUGUGCCCUGUGGAUUUGGCCCGCUGCUCUUUAUCGACUGCUACUGGUCACUGCGAUUGGAAAUGUUCAGCCCGCGAAGAGGUGCGGCACGGGGUGGGAUUAAGUUGUGAGUUAUAAUAAUCGAGGAGCAUGGCCGCCGCAGGGCUGAAAGAUAUCCUUUUCCUCUUUUCCUCUGGUUCCGGCUCUGUGCCAAUUGCUCUUGAGCCGCAUCGCCAUACGCAAGGAGACCGAUUAGACGUCAUCCUGAACAAGAUGCGGUCGUCGACAGGCUGCAUCUUGUUGUUGCUGGCCUCGAUCUCAUUGACGCUGGCCCAAAGCGUCGAAUACAGCACUGACGCCUCCGGCAAUGUCUACGCUUCAACUGUUUAUGAUACCACUUCUGGCGCCGCUAGUUCGUCGUCAGUUGUUAUUACUUCCACUGCUUCCUCUGCAGCCUAUACCAGCAGCACAACAUUCUCCAGCUCAUGUACGACGGGCAGCACGUAUAUUGGAGCUACUACCACCCCAAGUACUACAUCGACAAGUCUUCCAGCCAUCCAGACUGUUCCAUACACUGGUCAGGCGUUGCUUGUCGGGACGUGCGGUAUUGCGCAGUUCACGAUCAUCACUUUCCCUGAUGGCGGCUCCCUCGAAGUCCCUCUGGUCGGAUGCUCGGAUGAUCGGCCUGAAUGCUGUCCGUCGUUGAAUUUCACCAGCUCCGAACCGUCAAAGACAGGAGAUGCUGAGGCAUCGGAGUCUUCGGGGACGGCGUCCGAAUCAGCAUCAGAAUCAGAAUCCGGCGAGACAACUUCGUGGACAGGCACAACACCUAGUCCCACACCCACUGGUGUGGUGUCGAUGCUGAGCAAAGCUCCGCUCACGGUUUGUCCUAGUGACAUGGUCGAUCUAGAUCCGGUGUGCUGUCCAAUUGGCUUCUCCCAAUACGGCCAAAGCAUCAUCGGCAACCUACCCUGCGUCAGCACCCUCACGACGACAGUGUAUUCACCCGACCCUUCGGUCCUCUCGUCAAUCACAUCCGUGAUAUCAGCAUCCAUGGUAGCUGCAUCUACCACGUCCACGCCCACCGUGAGCGUCAUCAUUAAUCAGGUUUUUGCCCUCGGUCUCCCCUGCGCCGAUAAUGUGGAGGCAGACCACGGCGACCAUACACAUCUCAGCACCGGCGCAAAAGCAGGAAUCGGCGCCGGCAUCGGCGUGGCCGUGCUCUUGGUCAUUCUCGGCCUUUGGGCGUGCCUUGCCAUCCGCCACCGCCGAAGGAAGAAGAUGCGCGCCCUCGAAGCCGCGGCCAACGCUGCCGGUGGGCCGAUCCGGCCUGGCGCAGGGCCCGACACAGGUGCGUAUGCUGCCGCAGUCGGUGCAGGCAACGAAGCGAAGCACAUGUCCAUGGCGACCACGAUCGCAGGCCCGCCAGGUAGCCCUGGCAUGCAGCAGCAGCAACCGAUGAUGGGCGGCUAUGGCCAGCCCCACGGGUACGGCCCUGCCUUUGGCUACGUCCAGCCGCAGCAGCAGCAGCACCCGGGCAUGAUGCAGAUGCCGCAGGAUCCGUACGGUGGGGCCUAUGGGAUGGGAUUACAGCAUCCUGGCGGUGGCGGUGGUGCGUUCUAUUCACCGCCCAUGUCACAGUCGCCGCCGCCGCCGGGGUACGGGUUCUACGCCGGGCAGAACAAAGAUGGUGGUGGGGUGGUGGUAGCGCCGCCGGCGGAAGUCGAUGGCGGGCAUGUCGCGCCGCAGCAGAUGAACAAUAGGGUGAGUACAGGGCCGUCGCAGGGUAUGAGCGUGAGCGAUACGAGGAGUCAAGGCACGGAAUCGGUGACGGCGGUGAAUAGUGGGCAUUCCGAGGCCGCGGAGCUGGGUGAUAAUACGUACUCACAUUCAGCGCGGGCAUGAAGUGACGGACGGGGCCACGGAGGCAGGGGAUGGUGGGGUGAUAUAUCAUAGUGAUAUCCAAGUGGGAAGUCAGGAUGAAAAAACAAGGUACCAGCUCCAGGGCGGAUCAGAUACUAGUAUCGGGUACGGAUAGGUGUUAGGUAGUCAUUGAUCCAGGUUAUCCC